GGUGAGAAAUAGAAUAUCCCUCCGUCGAGUUCCUAAAGAUGAAGAAAGCAAAUAGAUAAUCAGGAAACCUAAUCAAGGAAACAAAAUACUACUACUGAAAACAGCGCCAUGGCUCACGGCGGCGGUGUCAACAAGCGCCGCGAGAGGGUCAACCCCGCCUCAAACCGUAGAAAAACCACCACCAAGAAAUUCAGACCACCCGUUUCUCUCAAAAACCAAAUCCGAUCCGCCGAACGCAUGCUCCGAAAGAAUUUACCAGCGGAGGUUAGAGAAGCACAGGAGCAGAAACUGGAAGCACUGAAGAAACAGCAGGAUAUUCACACUCGCCUCGCUGUGGAACGUAAGAUAUUUUUACGUGAUAAGAAGAUUAAGUUCUUUGAGAGGAGAAAGAUUGAACGGAGAAUUAGACGCUUAGAGAAGCUUCAGCGUGCUUCUUCGUCUCAAUCUGCUUCUCCUGAUCAGCUUGCAUCGCUUAAACAAGAUCUUCAAUAUGUUAUGUACUUUCCCAAGAAUGAGAAAUAUGUUCCUUUAUUUAGUGGAACUGAUGAUGCGGAGAUAGUUGACAAGCGAAAUGGGCUGCGCAAACAGAUUGAAGACAGGUUAUCUGCGGCUGCUGCAAGUGGCAAGGAUUUAGAAGAGACUGGCAGUGAGGAUGACGGUCUUCUGGAUCUCAGUGAUGAUGAUUUUUUCCUUGCUGGGAGUUCUAGUGAUGAAGCUGACGCAGAUGAUGAAUUGACAGACAAAAGUACCAGAGAGCAGGCUUCUGGAAAAGCUGUGUCUGGCAUGUCCAGCGAUGAAAAAAAUCAGAGGCACAUUUCUGCCAGAGCUUUGAUGCCUCCUCCUCGCCCUUCAAACAAGUUGUCAAGGUUUGGGUCUGCAGGCCAAAAUUCAUCUAAACAGAGAUCUGAUAUUUCUACAUCCCGCUACGCAUCAAACAGCAAAAGCAGCUCAGACUUCAGAGUAAGGGAACCCUCAAGAUCAGGGACCAGCUCAGACUUCAGAGUAAGGGAACCUUCAAGAGCAGGGACCAGCUCAGACUUCAGAGUAAGGGAACCCUCAAGAUCAGGGACCAGUCAUGGCAGUAGUCUAAGCUCCAACUCUGAUGCUCACAAGCCUCGGACAGGUCAUGGCAGUAGUCUAAGCUCCAACUCUGAUGCUCACAAGCCUCGGAGAAAGAGAAGACCUAAGAAGAAAAAGAAGCAGGAAUGAUGGAUAAACUGAGCAUGCUAUGGCAUUUGGAUCAGCUUCUUCACAUUCAUUCAAGAUUCUUACAAUUACGUUUUUACCUGGACGGGACAUGUUCUGCGGUGGACCUGCAGGGAUCCUCUUUUACUGGUCAUUGUUAUGAUCAUAUAUGUACUGACUUGUUAGGAUAGAUUGAGGAUUUGUUAAUGUAGAUUAAUAGCUUUUGACUACGGGGUCUUCAUAUCUGACCCUGGGUUACUUUAAAUUAAAUUCCAAUUUGUUUACGGGCAAAAACAAUAUUCUACUCUUACGAAAUUUGAAUUAUUAUUGUAUUGCCAUAUAUGGUGUGUAAUUUCCUUUACAAAAGAACUCGCCUAUUGAAAAAGGUUUUGAA